UGAUCUUGAGUUCUUCUUAACUUGCUAGUGCUCAGCCUCCUCAUGCCUCCGUCUCCUCUAGACGACAGGGUAGUAGUGGCACUUUCGAGGCCAGUGAGACCUCAGGAUCUCAACCUCUGUUUAGACUCUAGCUAUCUUGAGUCUGCCUCUUCUGCCUGUGAGAGCCACUCCAGUCUGCUCGGCGCAGCUGUUGUGUCCCUAAAGACUGCUAAUCUCACGUAUAUGCCCUCAUCCAACGGCUCUGCACGCUCCCUGAGUUGUGGAUGCAGCAGUGCCAGUUGCUGCACUGUGGCAACGUACGACAAGGACACUCAGGCCCAAACUCAAGCGAGCACCAGCAGCACCCACGCCGGAGCCUCCACCGCCUGCCCUGCCAACCAAAUGGUCAACAGCAAUGAGAACGCCGGCAGCCUGAGCCCGCUGGGCGGGGUGGGGAGCCCUGUCUCGGGCACCACCAAGCAACUCACUAGCAUCAAAAUCAUUUACCCCAAUGAUCUGGCCAAGAAGAUGACCAAAUGCAGCAAGAGCCACCAACAGAACCAAGGGCCUGUCAUCAUUGACUGCAGGCCCUUCAUGGAGUAUAAUAAGAGCCACAUUCAAGGGGCUGUCCACAUUAACUGUUCUGACAAGAUCAGCCGGAGAAGGCUCCAGCAGGGCAAGAUCACCGUCUUGGACUUGAUCUCCUGCCGGGAAGGCAAGGACUCCUUCAAGAGAAUAUUUUCCAAAGAAAUCAUAGUUUAUGAUGAGAAUACCAAUGAGCCAAGCAGAGUAAUGCCUUCCCAGCCACUCCACAUAGUGCUAGAGUCACUCAAGCGAGAAGGCAAGGAGCCCCUAGUCCUAAAAGGAGGACUCAGCGGUUUCAAGCAGAACCACGAAAACCUCUGCGAUAACUCCCUCCAACUGCAAGAGUGCCCGGAGGGGGGAGGAGGGGGCGGUGCCUCCGCUGUGCCCCCCAUGCUACCUCAGUCCAUCCCCACCACGCCAGACAUCGAGAACGCUGAGCUCACCCCCAUCCUGCCCUUCCUCUUCCUCGGAAAUGAGCAUGAUGCUCAGGACUUGGAGAAAAUGCAGAGGAUGAACAUAGGCUACGUAAUUAAUGUGACCACCCACCUGCCCCUGUACCAUUACGAGAAAGGCAUGUUCAACUACAAGCGGCUCCCGGCCACUGACAGCAACAAGCAGAAUCUCAGGCAGUAUUUUGAAGAGGCUUUUGAGUUCAUUGAGGAAGCUCAUCAGUGUGGGAAAGGUCUCCUCAUCCAUUGCCAGGCCGGUGUCUCCCGAUCUGCCACCAUAGUUAUCGCUUACUUAAUGAAGCACACACGCAUGACCAUGACGGAUGCCUAUAAAUUUGUAAAAGGCAAACGACCAAUCAUUUCCCCUAACCUUAACUUUAUGGGGCAGUUACUGGAGUUCGAAGAAGAUCUAAACAACGGUGUCACACCACGAAUCCUCACACCAAAGCUGAUCGGCGUAGAGACUGUCGUGUGACGGGCGAAGCUGUGAGGUGGCGGUCAAUGAAGGGGUUAACCUAUUCUUCACCUGAUUUGGGGCAAUGAUGGGUGGCUUGUGGGUUUUUCUUUUUAGCUUUCAAGGGGAGUUUUGUGGCGAACUUUUUGUGAAUAAAAACCUUUUUUGUAAGGAAAGGUUUUUAAAAGAUCCAAGAACUUUGCCGGGUUUGGGAUGCUGUUGUGAUUUCCUUCUCAGACACCGGCAGAGCAGGGAGGCUUCAGAGCAAAAGGAGUACUUUUUAAAAUCAAAACAAGAAGAAGAAGAAAUAUGGAGCUUUUUUUCUUUUAAUUUUUAUUUUUCCCACCUCUCCAGCUACUUGUAGAGUUUAUGGCUAAGUAGUCUGUGCAGGUUCAUAGACUGAAGAAACCUAAGUUGAAGACGAAACACAAACAGCCAAAACAAAGCAGAAAAAACCCUCCCUGAAACAUAAGGGCCUUCAUUCUGCAAAGGCUUUGCUAAAGAUAACCUAGCAAAAUGCUCACCAAUGCAAAGGAAAUCAGAGCAGCUUAAAAAGUCUGCAAGGCACUUUUCACACUCCUGACUCAAACUAAAGAAGAAAAAAAAAGUUUAUUUGGUGUGUUUCAUGUUCCAGUUCUAUUUUUCUAUUUUGGGGUGUAAGGUUUUAACAGUAAGGGACUUCGAUCAUUCUAUGCCAUAUGCCUUCACUGGCUUCUUGUGCAAUAAUAAUUUGGGCUUUGAUUUGAGUGUUCAAACCAAUUAGAGUUGGCUGCCCACUAAUAAUAAUUUUUAGUCUAAUAGUGCAACAGCAGCCAGCUUGGUUCAGAAAGGAUAAAUGAGAGCAAUUAUUUUGUUCCUUUAUAUGAUUUUGAUCCUGGUUACAGUGCCAUAAACCUUGUUACAUAUGUAUAUCAGAAUGUACAAAAAUUGAGAAGUUUAUUUAAAAAUAUUUUUCGCACAAAAUAUUGGUGUGUUCAGUUGUCUAUGUAAAAAAAUUUGAUUAUAAAAGAAAAAAUCUUUUGGAAAA